AAAAUUGGUUACGUUAUCCUCAUUUAAUUGAAUAUAUUGCUAUCAUAAUUCUGCAGGAAUCCUGCUCGGUUUGGUCAGAUUAUAUUCAGUUGACAUAGUUACGAAGUUGAGGAAAUAUACCUGCGGGGAAAAUCAUUUUGCUAUUUAAAGCCUUUAAGCAGCAGAUUGAAAUUUUGACGCAGUCUAGUCUUAAUGUUAUAGUUGCAAAUUUAAGCCGCUAAAGUAAUAAAAUGACAAAUUUACUGUAAGUAAUGUUUGCCAAAUUUUAGUAGCUUUAUUACAAUCAUUCCGGGCUUUCCACGCUCUACUUUAUGUGCUCCACGCGUGGUCCACUAAAUUUUGAAAUUAGUUGUCGAAGUGGAAGCAUAGUUUAAAGGGCAAAUGGCGCGAAUUUUGAGUUUUUCUAAACACAGUAAACUGUAUUCAUUUUUGUUGAAUUUCGUCAAAAAAUGAGCAUGAAAGAAGGGACAAAUGGUAGCAAUGUAAGUGAUGACAACAUUAAAGUGUUUGUUCGUAUCCGCCCACCGGAAAACUUUGGCGAUGAAAUAAACCACAAAUCUUGUCUGCAAGUUACUUCUGGAACAACAUUAAACCUGUUGUCCAAACCUUAUUCCAAAGUGUUUACAUAUGAUCAAGUAGCCGAUACCAAUGCAACCCAGGAAGAAGUAUUUACAUAUGUUGCUAAAGAAAUCAUCGAAGGAUGCCUUGGAGGCUACAAUGGCACAAUAUUUGCUUAUGGUCAAACUGGAUCUGGGAAGACAUUUACAAUGCUUGGACCAUCCAAAGGAGACAGUUUUGAUCACAAGCUUCGCGGUGUGAUACCUCGUGGUUUUGAAUAUCUCUUCAAUUUGAUCAACAGAGAAAGAGAAAAGAAUGGUGAUAAAGUAGAGUUCUUGUGUCAGUGUAGUUUUCUUGAAAUUUACAAUGAGCAAGUUUUUGAUCUUUUGGAUCUGACGUCCACUGGACUCCAGCUGCGAGAGGACAUCAAGAAAGGAGUGUUUGUUGAUGGCCUAAUGGAGAAACCUGUUUCUAGUGCUAGAGAUGUAUACAAUGUCCUCAACUCUGGCUGGCUCAACAGGAGAGUUGCAUCAACAUCAAUGAACAGAGAAAGUAGUCGUAGUCAUGCUGUUUUCACCAUCACCAUUGAGUCAAAGGAGGUCAAAGGAGCGAUAAAGAAUAUCAAAGUUUCGCGUCUAAAUCUUGUUGAUCUUGCCGGAUCAGAACGUCACAAAGAUACUCAGAGUGAUGGACUGAGACUUAAAGAAGCAGGCAGUAUCAACAAAUCUCUGUCGUCCUUGGGCAACGUAAUUAUGGCAUUAGUUGACAUAACACAUGGGAAACAACGCCACGUACCUUACAGGGACUCUAAACUUACCUUCUUACUAAGGGACUCUCUUGGAGGAAAUGCUCGUACACAUAUUAUCGCCAAUGUUCAUCCCUCGGCAAGGUGCUUUGGUGAAACUCUUUCUACCUUGAAUUUUGCUAAAAGAGCAAAAGAGAUUAGGAAUAAGGCGAUUGUGAAUGAAGAUACUUCUGGGAACGUUGCAAGUUUGCAAGAAGAAAUUCGCAAGUUAAAACUACUGUUGCAAGAAACCAGAGCCGGUGUGCGCCGUAUGUCAACGUCGAACAACAUAAGCAAUGACUGGGCAAACUUUCAAUCAACCGCGGGCGCCGCAAGCAACGUUGAAGAUGAGACGGCGAAAAAAGGCGUAGAAGACUGGAAACAAAUAGCGCUCACUACAAUCAAUCUAAAGGAGAAAUCUGAGCUAGAAAAGCAGGUGUUGGAGGAAAAAAUCAAGAAACUGGAAGAACUUGGCAGAAAGAAAGAUCGAUUUCUGCAAUCGACGAAAAUGAUUUUGAAAUUUCGUGACGCUCACAUUGCUAAACUAGAAAAGACGCAGAAGAAAGACUCUUCUACAAUCGCCCGCGACAAUGAAGUUGAUAAUGAUAAUGAAGUUGCGAUGUUACGCGAGGAGAUUAAAAUUUUACAAGAAAAAUUGGAUCAUCAUCCAGACGUUACAAAAUUUGCAAUGGAAAAUCUCGAACUUAGAGGCGAACUUAAAACUCUACGAGAAAACAGCAAAGACGCUACCAUUGACAUGUCAUAUGAUCUUAGUAAAACGAAGAUCUAUGCGUUGCAGUUGGAACGCAAACUGAGGGAUGCCUUGAACGUUAAUGAUGGUGGCUUUCUUGAGAAAAGUCUGUCAAGUUCAUCAAAAGUCUCUGAGGCUUCAAAUGCCGAGAUUGAAAGAUAUAAAAGUGAAUUGAGUCAAAUGCAGAGCCAUCUUGACUCCGUCAGGGAGGAACUUUACGACACUCGUGAAGAUCUCCAGCAGUCAAAAGAAAAGUUGAUCGAGAGCGAGGAUCAUUUUCGAAAAAGCUGCCUUGAAUCUGAAGCUGAGGUCGAAUCUUCAAGAAAAACUAUUGAAGAGCUCAAGAAAUGUUUAGAAAUGCAUCAAGUAAAGACAGCGUUAGAACGGACGACUUUAAACGAUGUUCAUAUGCAGACAAUACGAAAUUUAUCUUCACCGAAGGCAAUCAGUACUCCCAACAGGCGACGAAUUUCUCUAUCUACUCGUGCAUGCGGUAUGCUUGAAGAUGCGCCAUCAAAUGGUGUUUUACGUUCGAGAAGCGAUAGCUACAACGAUUUAAACGAACCUGAUUUAUUGGACGAUCCAUUUGUGACGUACGAACCGGAAAUUCCCGAUGACGAGGAAAUAUAUCAAGAGACGUUGUUUGAAGAACUGACGGAAAUUUCAAAAUUAUAUAAUGCGACGCUACAGGAGAAAGAAGAAGAAGAGUCGCGAAGGAUUGAGUUGAAUCAGACGAUGAAUAAACUAGAGCAUCAGGUUCAACAACUCAAUAAGUGUCUUUCAAGUGAAAGAUCAAAGUUUACAAAUGUCGAAGCCGAUCUUAACAAGAAGCUAAACACAUUGAAUGAUAAACUAAAAGAAGAAAUUUCAGAGAUGAGUUUAUUUAAGAGCGAGAAUGAAGAUCUAAAGAUAUGUCUAAAGCAAGCUGACAGGCACAUUGAAUCCUUGAAGAAAGAUCAAGACAUCGAAAAAAAUAAUGCUGGACGUAAAGCUGCUUCAUUGGAAAGCAAAAUUUGUACAUUGGAGAUUGAACUGACAAGUACAAAAAGCGAAAUGGAAGAAAUUAUGGAAAUAAAUCAAAACCUUCAGACCGAUGCAGAAAAUAUGCGAGAAGAGCUUCAGUUUAAAGACCACAAGUUAAACGAAUGGGAAAACUUACUCCGUGCUGAACGUGAUAAGAUCAAAUCACUUGAAAAUGAACUGAAGAGCACUCUGGAACAUCUUAAUGUGGCCAACAAAACAAACGAGAAAUUAAUGACCGAGGCAGAUAAACAACAGCAAUUCAUUGCUGCGUUAGAGGAAUGUGUGAAUCUGAAAGAUGAACUUCAGCAAGCUAAUGCUCUCUGUGUGGAACAGGGUGAAAAGAUUAUUGACCUGAAUAAGAAACUAAAUAAUGGUGAUCAAUAUGUUGCGGACUUAAAACGUCAAGUACAAGAAGAAAAGAGUUAUCGCGUGAAGCUGUUGGACUCUGUGAAGGAAUUGAAAUCGUCGCUUUCUCAAAAAGAGAGGAUGCUUACAUCUAUGGAGAACUUGAUUGCUGAGAAGAAUGAUAAAAUUGAAGAGCUUGCAAGUGAUUUAGCGAAGAAGGAAAAUAGCGUGAGCAAAUUGAAAGAAAAAUUGAGUGACGAGUGCGAGAAGCGACAAAUUGAGAAAGAAACUUUUCAAAACGAGAUUUGUUCUUUAAAAGAAGAACUUGCUGCUACAUCAGACCAUUGCCGAACACUUACUCGUACACUUGAAGAACAACAGCAAGAGCUUACAGAUUUACAGGGUGUCACGUGAUACAACAAUUACGUUGAAAAGAUGAAGCUAUUUCUUUCAAACUGUUUGCUGACAACAUUGGUAUACGUUGCAGUUUAACUGACUUUUAAAGCUUUUAUACUAGCGACGGCAGUGCAUGAGAGGGCAAUCUUUCUUAUCCAAAACGCCAAGACGUAUUAGAUAGACAUUCAAAUGCGUAAAAAUAUCGACAUAUAUAAUCAUUUUUAACACGAUUCUUUGUUUUAUCCAUCACUUAUUAUCUAAAAUGCUUCUUCUACAUAACGUUGUUUUCAACUUACAUUGCACCAGAAUAUAAUUAGGAGAUAAAAGA